UGCACUUCGAAUUCUUGGAUCUGAAGUCCAGCUCACUUCGUCGGUUUCUGCUGGUGCAAAACUGACGGGUUUCCACCCUGAGCAGGCUUGUUUUCUCCUGUCCGCUCUUGCCUUCGGCGCCCGUAAGCUUCAGCUCUUGCCCAAGCCUCCUUGCCCUUUCAGGAAUCGAGAACGAGGCUCGAGGCACAAUGUCUGAACGUGCGGACCACGGGAAAGCGGAGGGGGACAAGAACAUAGAGGUUUGGAAGAUCAAAAGGCUCAUCAAGACCUUGGAUUCAUACCGAGGCAAUGGAACGAGCAUGAUUUCCAUCAUCAUGCCCCAGGGCGGCCAGAUCUCCCGGGUGGCUAAGAUGCUGACAGAAGAAGCAGGCACGGCGUCCAACAUUAAGAGCAGAGUGAACAGGCUCUCGGUCCUUGCGGCUAUCACAUCUGCUCAGCAGAAGCUGAAGCUUUUCACUAGGGUGCCCGCGAAUGGACUGGUCAUCUACACGGGCACUGUGAUGACAGACGAUGGCAAGGAGAAGAAGAUGAGCAUGGCAAUCGAGCCUUUCAAGCCGAUCAACAUCUCCCUCUACCUGUGUGACAGCAAGUUCCAUACGGAGCCAUUGAAAGAGCUUUUGGAGUCAGACGACACGUUUGGGUUCAUUGUGAUGGAUGGCAAUGGCUCCCUCUUUGGCACCCUGAGCGGAAACACCCGUGAGAUUUUGCACAAGGUGUCGGUCGACCUGCCAAAGAAGCACGGCAGAGGAGGGCAGUCUGCGCUCCGUUUCGCGCGUCUGCGUGUGGAAAAGCGUCACAACUACGUUAGAAAGGUCGCCGAGCUGAGCACGCAGUUCUUCAUCAACCCUGCCACGAGCCAGCCGAAUGUGGCUGGCAUUGUCCUGGCGGGAUCUGCAGACUUCAAGACGGAGUUGGGCCAGUCGGACAUGUUUGAUCCCAGGCUCCAGGCGAAGAUCAUCAACGUGGUGGAUGUGUCGUAUGGUGGGGAGAACGGCUUCAAUCAGGCAAUCGAGCUCUCUGCCGACAUCCUGAAGAACGUCAAGUUCAUCCAGGAGAAGCGCCUGAUCGGCAAGUACUUCGAGGAGAUUGCACAGAACACGGGCAAGUACGUGUAUGGCGUCGACGACACGCUCAAGGCGCUAGAUGCGGGGGCCGUGGAGACGCUGCUCGUCUGGGAGAACCUGGACAUCAACCAUUACACGCUCAAGAAUCCCACUUCCGGAGAGACGAUGGUGAAGAUCCUGACCAAGGAGCAGGAGAAGGACCGGUCGCACUUUGUGGAUGCGGAGACGAACACGGACCUAGAGGUCGUUGAGCAGAAGUCGCUCCUGGAGUGGCUCGCCGAGGAGUACACCAAGUUCGGCUGCACGCUCGAGUUCGUCACCAACAAGUCGCAGGAGGGGUCGCAGUUCUGCAGGGGCUUCGGAGGCAUCGGCGGUCUGCUCCGCUACCAGCUGGACCUGGGCGCGUUCGAGGAGCCCGAGGAUGACGACGGCCUCUACGAGGACUCGGAUUGAGAUUGGCCAUCUCUCCCUUCUCCCCUCUCGCCACGCACGCUGCCGCCAAGAUUCCCCCCGCACCCCGCUGCUGCCACCGCCGCCGCAGGGUCUGGAGGGUUUUGGGUGUGUAGCCGUGAAUCGAGAGGGAGCGCCCUUGACAAUCACGCUGAGAGUAGGAAGGGUCUGGUGCAGUUGCGAUUGAGCGGAGGGGAGUCGGUGUCAGUCGAGGAGUCUAGGUGUACAGCUAGGAUGCGCGGUGGCAGCAGCGGGGGUGGUUUCGAUUCUGACGCCAGCCAUACAGAGACGGUUUGGCGGGAAGCAGCUGUCGUGAGCCCUGUCGCUUGGAACAAACUGAAAGCGACCAGGAUAGCUGCUGUGCUUCAGAGAAGCUGCGGCAUAGUGCAGUGAAGUGGACGAGCGGUGGAGGAGGAGAGAGAGCCUACUUAAAGUGGGCAAACGAACUGCAGUGACACAAGCAAUGGAGUUCUGUUACUAGCUAGUUUUAUCAGCGAGUUUUGAGAGAGGCUUGCAUGGACGUGCAAGUAAGAGUGCUAGACGGCCUUGUUCUCGUUACCUAAGUUGCAGUCAAAGGCAUUUUUUCUUAGUCAUUCUCAUGCUUGUUGAAAGUUUCAUGGCCCUUUUGGCAAGUGAAGUUGUACCAUGACAGUGUUCAGUUGCUGUAAACUGCAAUGCCCGGCUUUCUUAUGGAGUCUCGUGGCUGGUAGGCACCAAUCAAGAGGUUUAUGGUUUGCGAAAGCUUAUUGACAACCCACUUCGGUUCAGAGAUUUUGUGAUCGCGCUCGAAACUCAUAUUUUAUCCGGGUAUAGUAAAAUAGAACUUCGUCUACCUGCCUGCAUGAA